AUUUGGGGCGGGCACCGUUAUCCACACACGCGAAGGAGCCACCAUGUCCGACUACGACUCCGAUUCCAAUGGCCGAUCAAACAAGAAGAACUUCAGAGGACGGGGACAGCGAUCGGUGGGCCUCGCCAGUAGCCGAAGCGUCUUUGAUCGAUUGGACCAGGGCGAGUCCAAGGCCGCGAACGCCGGUCAAAAGAGUGUGGAAGGAUACGUGUUGUUCGUGAGCAACGUGCACGAAGAAGCGCAGGAGGAAGACUUGCUGGAUGCGUUCCAGGAAGUGGCAGAAGUCGCCAACAUCCACUUGAACUUGGACCGCCGCACGGGGUUCGUGAAGGGGUAUGCGCUGUUGGAAUUCAAGGAACUCGACGACGCGAAGGAAGUGAUCAAAGAAAUGAACAACAAAGACCUGCUGGGCAACGAACUCAAGGUCGACUGGGCGUUUGUCAAGGACGGAGGAGACAUCAAGGGAGGACGACCCUCGCAACAGGCGCCGCGCAGUCGACGACAGUAGAUAGCGAUACCUCAUGUUGUCAUCCUCAUAAAGCGGCAUUUCCAUGGCGACUUGUUGUGAUGAUACCACCAUACUGCAUUUACACUUUACGCAAUCCACCUUGUUCUCG